CCUCAGGCGUCUCCCUAUCCUCCUCCUCCUCCUCGUCUUCCACCCUUUGCAGUGACACGCCUCGCCCGACGCAGCCCGCCCCAAGAGACCCCCAUGAAAAGAGUCAGAACCAGAGAGAACUCCCAGUCUGUUCCCGGCGCGCAGACAGAGCGGUGGGACGGCGCCACAACCAUGAGGGAAACAAGGUGGUUGUCAAUGCAGCUGGCGGCGGGCGUGGCUGUGAUGUUGGUGGCAGCAGUGAGUGAGGUCACCGCUAAACCAACACCCGGUGAUGAUACACGUCAUAUCACCGCCAAUCACGUGGAGGACCAGUAUUUGGAUGACGCCCUUGUUAACUGGCUGGACAAUUUCGGCACGUAUACCUUCAUGGUUAAGCAAGACCUGGACUCUCACGCCGGCGACCCUGACGGAGGUGGGGAAGGUGACGAAGAGCAAGAGCAGGAGAGUGGUGCUGUCGAGGGAGGAGAGCGGGAGGAAGUGGCUGCCUUGGAGGAGUGGAGUGCCCCUAUCGCAGUGUCAACGGGACAACGCAACCUUCUUAAUCCACAUCAUGAUUACUUAGUGACGGUGGAGUCUCUAGUGGCGGAGGAAGGAUCUAUAUUCAUGACUCUUAGCAAAUACGAAAACGAGACGAUAUGCGGCGUGGGGGGGCUGUCAUUAGAAGAAGAAUUACAGCAAGUGCCCAAGUCUGGCGGCGGUGGCUUCGUUGCGCAAGAGGAAUCCGGAAGCGCAGGCCACACAACCUUCAUUGCCUUUGCGCUGCAGCAGGAGGAGAACACGAACGCAACGGAUUCAGGAUGGAUAGCAGUCAGCGAGCAGUACUGGUGGGCAAGCGGACACUUAACGGGUGGCACCAUAUUAUCUAUUACCUUCACGCCGCCAGAAUGUGGGUGUCUGGCUCUCAGCACAUACUUUGCAUUGCCCGUGGGAAACCUGACGCUGGUGGUUGGUCCUCAAGCUUACCCUGACGAGCUCCAAACCCUUCUGUGUGUCGACCCACUUGCCUCUGUUCCGGAUCACGACUACGAGGAGGAAGGUCAAGAAAAUGGCAUACCAGAAGAGGAGGAGGAAAUCGACUAUUUGCAACAACCCAGUGCUUUAGUGGCUUUGAGGAAUCCAGGGGAGGAGGGCGUGGAGGAGGCGACUCAAGCCACCGAGUCUCCACAGCAGCAGCCUACAGUCUUGACCCAGAAGAAGAAAAUGUCAAAGGAGAAGAAGAUGACGAGGAAAACAAGAAGGCAGAUGAAGAGGCAGAGGAUACGACAAGCUGGCAGGCGGCAGGCGAGACAAGGCCAACCCAACAACGGCAAGAAAACCACACGACGCUGGAACCGCAAAAAGAAUCAGCGUAAGAGGGCGAGGGUUUGGAAGAAGCUAAACAAAAAAGGCAAGAAGGGAAGACGGGGGAAGCUCGGAGCCAAACACCACCACCAACACAACCACGACGAAGAAGUCAAUGGAACCAACCCAGAGGAAAUGAGGCAACACCACGACCACCACCACCACCACUCUGCCUACCCCACCAAUGUCUCAGCCAUACAACAUGAGGAGCGCCUGGUGGACAUUCUACUGCGGGAUUUAUAUGCAGAGAAUUCAACUGUGGAGGAGGACGGAGAGGGAGAGGAAGGUGACGCCACGAUGAGGAACGAAGAGGGAGAGGGACAGGGAGAGGGGGGGGCCCAGACACCAAGGGAGCGAAGGAAGAACAGACGACAACGUAAAAAGAAGAUGCGCAAACAGAGAAGAAAGGUGUACGGCCCGGGGGUCAAGUUUUGUUGCAAGCAAGGCGUUAAGCACAAGAAGAACAACCUGGAAAUCAGCAAUACAUCAGCGAUCUUUGCAGAAUGCAACACGAGCAUAGACGUGGUGAUCACCUUCGCCAACCACCAGUUCGGCAUUGAGGAGGACACCUGCACCACAACUUACACCACCUGCUGCGAGAACUUCACUGAGGAUAUGUGGGAAAGCAUUAAGGCGAGGAAGGCAGAGAGGAGGACGGAAAGAAAACAACGUAGGAAGUCGAGGCGGCGAGAUCGCAAACAACGGAGGAAGCAGGAACGGCGACUUCGUAAGGGGAUGAGGAGGCAAGGCAACUCCCGCCACCACGACCAUCAGUGCACAGGAGACACUUGUGGACAGGCGAAUUAGUGGGAGGUAUUUUGAGGGCUUGUGUCAUGUACGGUCGUGACUGUAGAGGGAUUUUACAUAAGAACAUACAAGAGGUAAUCUGCAAGAGGCUGUCAGGCGUACACGUGGCAGUUCCUGUAUGAGCAAAGUUUUAAUCUAUUUAGUACUGGAACACAUUUUUACCAUGAAUUUUGGAUAUGAUUAGAUGAUUUUAUUUAUAUUAGGUAGGGUCCAUGAGGUCAGAAUAUUAAUGGCCAGUCCUCAACAUUUUAAUCCUCACACGAGUUUCUGAAGCUAUAUAAAGUCGCCAGAUGGUAAGCAGAAUAAAUAUGAAAACGUGUCAUGGCACUGAUGAGGUUAAGACGCCUCAAUCAUGACUGUAUUCUGAAACACUUCUACUUCGCUCAUCCAGCAUUUCAAAAGUCUCUACUUGAAGUAUCAGGUGUUUUUAGUGUUUUUUUUUUUUCAGUUCUAGUGACAGAAUAAUACGAUUUCUACAUUAUUAACAGAAGAAACACACUUGACAAGCAGGCUAAUCAUAUUUAUGGUCUCCAAAAAUAGUCGUGGUGAGGGAGCAAAGUGUUUCUAAGGUCAAUAUUUAGAAACGCUUUGCUCCCUCACAACGACAAUUUUCAAAGGCCACAGGGAUGAUUGGUCAGGUUCUCAGGCUAUUUCUUCUUCUAAUAUUGUAGAAAAAAAAUUUAAUCGAGAACCUAAAAAAACACCGUUAAAAACUCUUAUAACUUCAAGUAAAGCCUUUUCUGAAUGGAAUGGAGGCCCGGCACAGAAGUGUUUCAGAAUAUGGCUCUGUUCAUAUGUAGCGGUCCGUCAUGGUCUCAAGUCCAUCAUUUAGCUGUAACUAUUGGAUUCCUUACAGUGAAUGCCCUCAUGUAGUAUUAGCCAGUAGGAUUAUGCAGUUAGUAGGCAUUUGGAAAGGGUUGAGGUGGGUAGAAUGCAUGUUCACUUCGCUAUGGCCGAUGAAUAGCUGUUGCAAAAUUUCAGUCUCGUGAAUUCGAAGCAGUUGGAAUCAAAAACAUUAAAACGUAUUUAGUUCGUUCUAUUUUUUUUUUUUUUCUGUGUGUAUCAAUUAUUUAAAAAUUUCGGUUUAGUUCUGACAUAAAGUGAGCAAUAUAUACACGUUCAGAGAGAGAGAGAGAGAGAGAGAGAGAGAGAGAGAGAAUUUAUCUGUGGAGUUAAUGAAAGAAAGAAGGAAAAUAAACGUGAGGAAACUGGGAGUGGCAAGGACGUCUCCAAGGAAAUUCCAGAGUGGGAUACUGAGAGAGGGAGAGGAAGAUGAGGCAGGGAGCGUAAAUGUAGACACGAACUUGUGAAUGAACGUGCAGACGGAAGGAAAAUGAGGGAGUGGUAAGGACGUUUUGGACAUAAUUCUCCUAGAGAGAGAGAGAGAGAGAGAGAGAGAGAGAGAGAGAGAGAGAGAGAGAGAGCAAUCUUUAUUUUUUUUACGUCUGAUACUAAACAUUUCAUCAGUUCGAUUUGCGUUUUAUGAAGCAAUUUUGUUCAGAAUACUUUAAAUUUCUGAUUAUGAAGUAAAAAGAGGAAAAAAUGGUGCAUUCUACUCACACUCAGGUCAACUUUUUGCUACAUAUAAAGAUGUCAUUAAAGUAGUGGUAGAUUUUUUUCUUUCAAUUUUUAUCUUUUUCACUUAGUACGUUAAGAGUCACAUAAGUCAUUCGCCCACACGGAUCAUUGAAGCAGCGCAGGACAUCAGUGAACUAUAGGCAAGACUCACAGUUCACUCACCAUGCAUUGCUCCACACAUUAAUUAAGAGCGACUUGUACUACAUUCUAUAUUUCGCAUUUCCAUUUCCAUUUUUUUUGUCUUUUUCAAUAAACGUAUCUUGUAUUA